UAUUUUUAAUUGAUGAGAUUGAAAUUAAGUUUGGCAGUUGAGAAGCGUGGCAGUGGCGCAUCCCAAUCCGAUUCCGAACAAGAAGUGCGCAGAUCAGAUCUUACGAAAGAUGGUUCGAUUUAGAUUGAGAGCCUUAUCUGUCAUCGCAAUCGCUUUUCUUAUUCUAUUCCAAGAUAGACUCUCAACGCCCGUUUGCAAUAAUCCCGUUUUUCAAUUCGUUCAGGAACCUCAUGACUUGAAAGUCAUCUUUGUCGCUGACCUUCUUCUCUCUGGUUCUGAAUCUACUUACUUUAACCGCUUCUUCAGAGAUCAUUACAUGUCCAAAUUCUUUCGGAAAUCUUUUGAAACUUUGAAGCCUGAUUUGCUUAUUGUCUUGGGAGAUGUUUCUGCAAAAGGUUCAAAGUUAACAAAAAGCAGAUGGUUAUCGGUACUCCGUCAGUUUUACAAAAUGUUGGGGCCUUUCGUUGAUCUUCCAUUCCAUGCAAUUCUUGGUGAUAGGGAUAUUGGAGAAUGCAGUGAUCUUGAUGUGAAUAAACUCAAUUGGAUCGCUCGUAAGUUACCAGGAUUGGAUCCUUCUGGCUGUGGUGCUUUUGAGAUUGGUAAUGUCAGUUUUGUUUCGCUGAAUGCAGUGGCCUUACUUUGUGACAACAGUAGUUUACGUUUUGAUGUUGAAAAAGUAAUAGAGAGGGAAAGUUUAGAGCUUCGCAGGGAAACAAAGCCGGCAACAAAAACAUUGAAUCAUUCCACCUACUCUAGAGACUCAAACUUUAACUUCUUCUGGAGGGAGAGUGCUGUGUUAUCUGGAUCAGGUCCUGUUCUUCUGCUGCACUUACCUUUGGACCAAACAAGAAACAAGCACUAUGGUGGCAAUGAUGAUUUUGAAAGAUCUUCUAGCUCUUUCGUAGAAUGGUCAAAUGAGGUGACGAGAAACAGGGAGCUAUUUGGGACUGGCCUGUAUAAUAUACUUCAUACUCUCCCACGGAAUGCUUCUGAGUACAUUUUACAAGCUCUGAGGCCAAGUACAGUCUAGUGGACGGGAAUAAAUGCAAUAAAGAGAAGUUGCAAAUCCUUUGACAUGUCUCUCAAUAUUGUCUGCAGGAUUAUCUUUAGUGCUCACAGGUACACACUUUCUGAUCACGUCCAUUUCGACAAAACUCGAGAGAUUAGUGUCCCAGCAAUGUCAUGGAAUGCAAGAGAUGACCCUGGAUUUGUAAUUGCUACUUUCCAAAAGACAGGAAGAGCUCCGAGGCAGAAAGGUGGGUUGGUGCAAUCCUCACAAUUUUCUUCAGCUAAUUCUGCUGGACAGUCACUGCAAGGAAUGCAACAGGCCAUAGGGAUGAUGGGAUCGUCCAAUCUAGCACAACUGAGGGCUAAUGGAGCUCUUUAUGCUCAGCAGCAGCUCCGAAUGACUUCGGGCCAAAUCAGGCAGCAGCUCUCACAGCAGGCUUCGCUUAACAAUCAACAGAAUGGACAGCCUGCCAUGAUGCAUAACUCUUUAACACAGAAUCAGUGGCUUAAGCAAAUGCCAGCAAUGUCUGGCCCUGCCUCUCCGCUGCGUUUGCAACAACAUCAGAGGCAGCAGCAGCUGGCUUCAUCUACUCAACUGCAACAAAACUCUAUGACCCUGAGCCAACAGCAAUUGUCCCAGUUGAUGCAGCAGAAAUCAAUGGGGCAGCCUCAGCUUCAUCAGCAGCAGCCAUCCACACAACAGCAACAGCAACAACUUCUACAGCAGCAGCAACAACAACAAUCACAACUACAAGCAUCUGUUCAUCAGCAGCAACAGCAGCAGUCUCCAAGGAUGCCAGGACCUACUGGCCAAAAGUCAUUAAGUUUAACAGGAUCGCAGCCAGAUGCUACUGCAUCUGGCACAACUACACCUGGCGGAAGUUCAAGUCAAGGAACCGAAGCAGCAACAAACCAAGUACUUGGAAAGAGAAAGAUACAGGAUUUAGUUGCUCAGGUGGAUCCACAGGGUAAGCUGGACCCUGAAGUUAUAGAUCUUCUUUUAGAGCUUGCUGAUGACUUCAUUGAUUCUGCAACUACACACGGUUGCAAUUUGGCAAAACAUAGAAAAUCAUCAACUUUGGAGUCCAAGGAUCUAUUGCUACACCUAGAGAAAAAUUGGGAUUUGACAAUUCCAGGAUAUUCAAGUGAAGAAAAGAAGUGCCAGAGUAGACCUCUGUCCAAUGACCUUCACAAGAGGCGGCUAGAUGCAGUCCGCACAUUGAUGGAAUCUUCUUCACGCCCUGAAUCAAGCAUUAACAAUUCUAAAGAUAUGAGUAGACAAGGCCAUCCUAACCCUGUAGGUUCCCAUCAUCUAAUGAGACCCCUGAGUUCAGAUCAGUUGGUUUCUCAUUCAACUGGUUCCCAAAUGCUACAGCAGAUGACGAGGUUUUAAUAAACCUCUCUGUUUCUGGUCUUCCCUCUACUAGGUCUAACCUCCUGUCUGCUGGUCUGAAAGAGAAUCAAGAGAUUGGUUGCUGUAACUGAUUAGCAUUGAAGACAAAUUGUAAUUAUUUUGUAUUUAUUUAGACAUGAGAAUUAGUUGCUAAAGGAUCCCAUCAAUCGACUUCCCUGCUCCUUCAAUAGUAAUUUAUUUUUCACAGUUUGACCCAAAUAAUGGAUUUGUAAUGGCCAUUGGUGCCUAUAAAUUCAUUUGUAGUUCUUCGAAUUUUCUUGUAUACUUACUCUCUAUUUAUUGUAUAAAUUCAUUUGUAAAGCUUUUCAAUUUUGAAA